AUGGUUAGUAUAGACUUUAAUGUUGAGCCCGUGGUCGGAGAAGGGACUAUUGUAAAUUCAACUACGCCUACGAUCCCUUGUCCAGGAAUGUGUUUUGAGUCCGGUUUUGAGUUUAGUGAAUUUUGCCAUUGUUAUGCUUACAAGACGGGUUUUGAGAUGUAUGUAAUUGCUAAUAUCAUAAAAAAGGAGUACAAGGAUAAGGGUGUUAGUAAAAUUGGUAUCGGGGACCUUGAGGCUAAGUCGCAUAUGAUGGAGAUGAUCAGAUUAAAGUGUAAGAAAGGAGGAUUGAAAUCAAGUGUCGGGUCUAAUGUUACUGGUUUCAAAGUUUUUGUUUAUGGUAAAGAGAAAAACGGUGAGUUUGUAGUUAUUAGUUGUGACUUGGUGCAUAAUCAUCCUCUAAAUCCCGAAAGUAGUAGGAUGAUGGUUAACUAUAGAAGCAUCGAUAGUGCUACCUUUGAUAGGGUAAUGAUAAAUGAUAGUGCCAGUGUUAGCGUUAGUAGAAACUUCGGCACGCAAUUGAUUGAAAAGGGUGGUUUUGAUAAUAUGACGUUCAACAAAAAAGAUUUGAGGAACGCCAUAGCUGUUGAGCGUCGUAAAACCAUGUUUGUGAAAGGGGAUACUGUUGCUCUUGAAGAGUAUUUCAAAGCACAACGAGAUCUGAAUGCCGAUUUUUAUAGUUCUAUACAAAGGGAUGAAGAAGGCGUUUUAAAGAACGCAUUAUGGUCCGAAGCGCGUAGUAGAGGAAGUUGCAAAUAUUUCGGGGAUGUGAUCAGUUUCGACACCACCUUUUCUAGCAACAGGUAUCGUAUGCCAUUUGCCCCAUUUGUUGGCGUCAACCACCAUGGGAGGUCAAUUGUUUUCGCUGGUGCUUUAAUCUCACACGAUGACACUCCAAGUUUUGUUUGGGUCUUUGAGAAAUGGCUUAAGUGCAUGGGAAAGCCUCCUAUGGGAAUUAUAAACGAUCAGGACAAGGCAAUAGGUAGAGCGAUAAACAUAGUUUUCCCUCAGGUUCCUCACAGGCUUUGUUUGUGGCACAUGCUACAAAAUGCCUCUCGGAAUCUCGGCAAGCUCGAUGAAUGGAAAAGCAUCGACACGCUAAUUAGAACCGCCGUUCAUGAUAUGCUCGAUCCCGAGGAGUUUGAUGAGGCUUGGUGUCUUGUGAUGGACACAUAUAAUCAACGUAAGGGUUGGAUGUUGGAUGCGUUUGAAAAACGUCGGCAGUGGGCACCUGCCUACAAUAGAGGAUAA